CACAGUUCGAUAAGUUAAUAUCUCUUCUUGGCAUUACCUUUUGUUGAAAUUACUCUAUGUAAUUUUUAUAAUUUAUUCAACAAUCAAAGAACAUGUCAUGUACUGAAUGUCGUUUUGUGAAAUGAAUCAAAUGUCAACAAAUGAAAUAUGUGCACAGAGUGCGACCGCCAGGACAGCUGAUUCUGUGAUUCACUAAACGUUCACUUUUCUCUGUUGGUAAAUAAAAGUAUGACUGUUAUAUCAUUCAACUAAAGUACAUUAUCUGCAUAGUGAAUGUUUUAUAUGGCUUUAUGGAAAUGUGCUUUGUCAAAACUGAUAUUCUGUUGUGUAUUCUUGUUUCGUGUCGUUUAAAUUGACCAAAUAUGUUUUCAUCGACAUGUACGAUGACGAGAGUGUGUUGGGAAUAAAUUUCACUUAAAAAAAGUUGCGAUGCGUAUAACUAUGACAUUGGUUCCUUUACUUAAGUCAAAAGUUGAUGAACUUUUUUUGACAUGGCUUUCUACCAAUGAAACACAAAAAUAUCUUGAAGAUGACCUCAGUCAUAUUUUACAUGGUGUUUCUCCAGCUGCUUACGAGCAUCAUGUACCUUCUUAUCUAAACUCUCGUCCAGCUUCUCCACCUGCACCUCCUAAUGCAGUGCUUACUACACGAUCACCAAGGAGUCCAAAGACUCAGCGAAAGACAAGUAAAAGUCAUUGUAAACAUAGUGACCCUCAUUUGGCAAGCUUUGAUGUAACUGAUGGACAAAGAGAUGCCAUUCCACAAUUCUAUUUUCCAAAAGGCACUCCCUCACCCAGCACUAAGAAGGAGGAUGAAAAGAUUUUAAAACUAGUGGAAAAUAUCUUUAAAAUAAACCCUACUAUACCAAGGAAAGAGUUCUCUUCUAUUACCAAGGCUUGUAAGUUUCCAUUAUUUUGGAGAAGUAUCUUGUUCAACUGCUGUUGUGGAUUUAAAGCUUCUUUUGUUACUUAUCAAAACUUUCUAUCAGUUUGGAAUAAGUUAACUCAGACUUGCCAUGAUGAAGCUUCUAGAUUUGUGUAUCUAAUGACUUACAACAAAAGAAAUUUUCUAAUUUCAGAAGAUUUCAUUCCUCUUAUCCAGGAUGUUAUUGAUAACCAUAGUGGCUUGGCAUUCUUAGCUGAUACUCCUGAGUUUCACUCUCGAUACAUUAAAACGGUUAUUGCUAGAAUCUUUUUCGCAGUCAACAGCUCAUGGACUGGAAAAAUCUCUUUACCUGAAUUACGAAACAGUAAUUUUUUGAAGGUAUUGUCUAUCUUAGAAGACGAAGAUGACAUUAAUAUGGUUGUCGAUUAUUUUUCCUACGAACAUUUCUAUGUGAUUUAUUGCAAAUUUUGGGAACUGGAUUCAGAUCAUGAUUUAUUGAUUGAUGAAAAAGAUCUCUUGAAACAUGGAAAUCAUGCUAUGUCUUCUAAAGUUAUUCAUCGCAUUUUUUCUGGAUGUGUGACCAAAUGUCCUUCAAACAACGGCAAAAUGACCUAUGAAGAGUUUGUGUGGUUUUUGAUAGCUGAAGAAGACAAACGACAACCAAGAAGCAUAGAAUAUUGGUUUCGAUGUAUGGAUCUAGAUGGCGACGGUUUUAUAUCAUUGUAUGAACUGGAGCACUUUUACGAAGACCAGGUCGCCAAGAUGGAAGCUCUUGGAAUUGAAGCAAUGUCGUUUGAAGACUGCGUGUGUUCUAUUCUCGAUUUAGUUAAGCCAAAGUUGGAUGGAAAACUUAGUCUUGGAGAUUUGAAAAAAUGUGGACUUGCUCACAUUUUCUUCAACACAUUCCUCAACUUAGACAAAUAUGUUGAAUACGAACAGAGGGAUCCUUUUGCAUCGAUGAAGUCUGAUCCAGAUGACCGUGUUCCUUCUGAUUGGGAGAAAUAUUGUUUGGAGGAGUAUGGUUUAUUAAUUGCUGAGGAAGGAGCGAGUGAUGAUGGGAAUUAUGACGAUGAUUUACUUGAUCUGUAUGAUGAUAAUGACAUUGUUGAUCUUGAUGAGAAAAUGUGCAAUGUGGAGGACGACUUUCAGCAUUUAUGACGAGUGACCGGAUAUGAUUGUUUCAAUUUUUUUUGAAAUGUUUGUUAUUGUGAAUAUAAAAACAUAUUAUUUAGGUCUAGUCACUAUAGUGAUCUAUCUAUAAUACAACACGAAAAUCCAGGCUUUACUACUGAUACUAUACCACAGUUGUAAAAAGUCUGAGCUUGCAUGUAUAAAUUACGCACUAAGCUAUAUGCUGGAUUUUUUGCCUCUCUAUAUAUUUAACUAUUUGAUUUACUUUGUAUUCAUCUAAAAGCGUACAAAUUUGUAGCAUUAUGGAAUUUCUUUGUGAUGGUUAAUUUUCCUGGAUCCUGGAUGUAUAUAGUGUUACGGUAAAUUAUCGAUACAAAAUGAUUUCGUUUCUACAAAAUGCAUGGAUAUUUAUAAGUCUUAAAUAACAUGAAGUAAAUAUAUCAAUAACUAAACUACUUUUUCCAUUAGAAUCUGGGUGUUUUGUAAUAUCAUUUUCUACAUUGUAACUGAAAAUAAGUUGUAUUAUACAGUCUAAUAAUAAUAGCUAAUCUUUAUUGAGGAUGCCAACAUCACUAAAAAGUGGUUUUACAGAGGGGUCCUCUAAAA